CCAGCCUCGCAGUGGGCGCGGGACAGUGCGCGGCGCCACGCAGCCAGGCCCCCGCCCCCGCCGCCUGCACCUCCUCAGCCGCCUGCGACCCAGCGGGCGCCCCCCGCCGCGGCCGCCGCCGCCGGGCCCCCGCGGCCACCAUGAAGAAGGAGGUGUGCUCCGUGGCCUUCCUCAAGGCCGUGUUCGCCGAGUUCUUGGCCACCCUCAUCUUCGUCUUCUUCGGCCUGGGCUCGGCCCUCAAGUGGCCGUCGGCGCUGCCCACCAUCCUGCAGAUCGCGCUGGCCUUUGGCCUGGCCAUAGGCACGCUGGCCCAGGCCCUGGGACCCGUGAGCGGCGGCCACAUCAACCCUGCCAUCACCCUGGCCCUCUUGGUGGGCAACCAGAUCUCGUUGCUCCGGGCUUUCUUCUACGUGGCGGCCCAGCUGGUGGGCGCCAUUGCCGGGGCCGGCAUCCUCUACGGUGUGGCACCGCUCAAUGCCCGGGGCAAUCUGGCCAUCAACGCGCUCAACAACAACACAACGCAGGGCCAGGCCAUGGUGGUGGAGCUGAUUCUGACCUUCCAGCUGGCACUCUGCAUCUUCGCCUCCACUGACUCCCGUCGCACCAGCCCUGUGGGCUCCCCAGCCCUGUCCAUUGGCCUGUCUGUCACCCUGGGCCACCUUGUCGGGAUCUACUUCACUGGCUGCUCCAUGAACCCAGCACGUUCUUUUGGCCCUGCAGUGGUCAUGAAUCGGUUCAGCCCUGCUCACUGGGUCUUCUGGGUAGGGCCCAUCGUGGGGGCAAUCCUCGCUGCCAUCCUCUACUUCUACCUGCUCUUCCCCAACUCCCUGAACCUGAGUGAGCGUGUGGCCAUCAUCAAAGGCACGUAUGAGCCUGACGAGGACUGGGAGGAGCAGCGGGAGGAGCGGAAGAAGACCAUGGAGCUGACUGCCCGCUGACCAGUGUCAGGCAGGGGCCAGCCCCUCAGCCCCUGAGCCAAGGGGGAAAAAAGAAAAAGUACCUAACACAAGAUUCCUUUUUGCACAACCGGUCCUCUUGGCUGAGGAGGAGGUGCUGGUCCCCCUGGCUGCACAGUUAGAGAGGGGAGAAGGAACCUAUGGUGGAACUCCUGGGGUAGGGGCCAGGGGCUAGGGUCUGCUGGGGAUGGGUCUCUCUGGGACAGACCUCAGAGAUUGUGAACACAGUGCCAAGCUCACAGGCUGCAAGGGCCAGGCUAGAAAAGAGUGGGUCUGCAGCCUGCAUCCCCCACCCCUCCUCAAGAGCCGAAGGGAUCCCAGCCCCUAGGUGGGCAGCAGCAGACCCUCCCCAGAGCUCCUUAGGAAGAAGACAGACUGGUUCAUUGAAUGCUGCCUUAUUUAUUUCUAGUGAGGAUGCAUGCGUGGGGCUGCUGGUGUUUGGAGUGGGGGCUACCCAAUAAAUCUCUGAUAC